AUGACAGACGUGAUGGCGAUUCAUCCGACCGGUCGGCUUUCCACAACCUCCACCGGAAUCGGGUCCGACGACGAUGUGGGUAUGCACAGCAUUGGCACGGGUACGAGUGAGCGACGAUCGCAUUCAGCACAAACCGACAGUCCAGUACGUGCAUCGCCAAAGUACGAAGCGUUCGUCAUGACUGGAGACAAGAUUCUGAACUUGAACCCAAAGAUAUCGCCGAGUUAUGCAAAGGUAAGUGUUUUGUUAUGUUCUUGUAUACCGCUGUGAAAAAAAUGAUGUAAAAAGCUUUUGUAUACAAAAGAAGAAUUGUUUUUUAGUUUUUCUAUAAAAUUUUCGUCUAUGUUUUUAAAAAAUAGAGAAUUUUGUCAUUCGUAACAUUCGCGAUGACCCAUUUUUUACAAAUUACUCAUUGUUUAUUACAACAAUUCCAUGUUCAGGUGCACCGAAACCAACUCCCUCCCACAGUCGAGGUGGACCAGACCACGCCGAAGCGGUGUGGACCCUACGGCGAGCUAGCCAGUCACUCCAUCUCACGGAUCCCGAUUAAGAACCGUCGCUUUCUCGAGCGAAACCUGCCGGAAUCCAGUUCGGAUCACCAUUUGGAGGCGAAUCGCGUCGAAAGUGAAUCAGAAGUCGUUAGUUCGGUGAGCGACAAAAACAAAAUAAAUAAAUAUUAACAAUUUUGCAGCCCGCGGAACACAAAGACCCGGUCAACUUUUCGACCUCAACUCUGCCCGAAAGUGGCGGAGCUCAGGAAACCCCCAAACGACGACCCAUGAGCAGGUGCGCGGACGAGUAAGUUUUAAACGUUUUCCGAGGGAAAUGCCAACCAAGGAUUUGGGAGGUUCCAUCGAGUUUCGGCUUGCUUUCGUAGUUUUUUUACAAAAAUGCAUUUUUUUAAAUUUUUGAAAAACUGAGUUUUUGGUUUCAUAACUAGAAAGAGCUCCCGUGAUAUGAUUCUUUAUUUGCUCUUUUCCCAAACUGGUAUGAAAACAAUUUAUGAGAAUGGAAUAGACAAUCGAGAGAUAGAUGAUGUAUAUUGUAAAAAGGAAUGGGAUAGACUAUGCAAAUUGUAAUGAUAUUGUGAUUCAGAGACGGAGGCAACAUUACAACGGAGGAGACGCUUCGUGAAGACAGUCCCGACAAAGAUGAUCCCGAUGAGAAAUCGAUCCCAAACCAGGUUUAUCGGUCGACAACUUCCAUGCCUCGAUGCAACGAUGUGAAUCCACAGAGUUCAGGUAAGGGAACGUUGGGUUGAUGUUGGGAUUUUGAUAAUAUUUUACUUUUUCAUGUAUAAUAUUGUUGUUUAUUUAAUACUGGGUAUUUUUUGAACUGUUUUUUGCUAUUUUUGGGAUUUCUGACUAAGGGAAAUCAUGGGGAUAGUUGUGUAGUUACAAGUUUUUCGUUUUUUCUUUGAAUUUUUUGGCCAUUGUGAUACUUUUUUGUCAUUUUUACAGUUUCGUAAACAAUUUGUAACUUUCAGGGGCUUUUGACCAAAAUGUUGAUUAACAUUUUGGUACAAAUUUAGUUUUUUUAAAUUCCUUUUCAGGUGGUGGGUUUUUGACUGGUUGCCUACAAUUUGUUUACGCUUUUCGAUUAUUUAUUCAGGAAAUAACUUAUCGCAUUGUUUCGAGUAAUGUAAUUAGGGUAGUCAUUUGUUGUUACUUUUAUGCUCGUUUGAACAAUUUACAUACUAACUAUAAUAGUAGUACAUUUGAGAUGGCAAAAAACUGAUGUUAACUGCCUUCAAGUAGAGUUGGUUAACGUAAUUAGACUUCAUUUUACGAUUUUUUAUGCGGAAAGUUGUCGUAAACGAAUAAAACGUUCAAAAGCGGUGUUUUUGCUAACGAAAGAAUUGAUGUAACAGCAUUAACAAACAGCUUUACAUAUUUUAAAACUAAAUUUUCGCGAUUCUUGAAAGUUGUUUUUGAGAUCUUUUAAAAUUUAACUGUUCUACACUGUUAUAUGCACCUUUUAAACAUAUUUUAGUCAUCUUUUUGAUAUCACAUUCGAACCCUUUAGUCACUUUUUUGCUUGUGUAAGCUUAUUUUGUAGUUUUCUUUGAAUAUGGUCGCCAUUUCUUGUUAUAUUUGUACAUUACACUCGUCUUUUGUUGUUGCAAACGUAUCAAUGUUAUUGUUAACAAUUCUGGUUUGCUUAAUUGAACUAAUUGGAAUCGCUUCACCUUCACUUGACUCCACUUAUUUCGUUUUGUUUCAGAUCAGAUAUCCAUUAUGGGGGUGAACGUGGAUGCGGAGGCCUUCGGGCGUUUUGUACAAAAGUUAUUCAACCAAGAUGGCUACACUCGGCUGGACGUCGCUGUUUAUUUCACCAAAAGGUAAGAUAUAUUAUGAUUGUUAUUACUAUUUUAUUAUGGAUUUUUGGAAUAAUAUUUUUAUAUUAUAAGAUAAUUUUGAUUUUUAUUGUUUUUUCUAAUUAAUGUUGUCAAUAAGUACGUAGAUAAUAGUGUUCGCAUAACUAUAAAGUGUUCUUUGUACAAUUAUAUUUUUUGGAAGGUAAUAAAGCAAUUUAAGUCAACAAAAAGUAACGAACACGCUAAUGUUUUGGAUAUUUAAAGUGUUGUAACAAAAACGAGUUGGGAGAUUUGAAUAAAUUAUUUUUGUUUCAGCACGGAAUUGGCACAGAGAGUGGUAGAGGAUUUCAUGUUGUUGUUCAACUUUGCUGGUCUUCGAAUUGACGCAGCAUUACGUGACUUUCUGGAACAUGUUUGUCUGACUGGAGAAACUUCAGAUCGAACAAGGAUCCUGACAUUCUUUGCUGACAGAUAUCAACAAUGCAAUCCCAUUUUGUUCGAGAAUGUUGGUAAGUGUUUAUUGUUUUAUUAUUUGAUGAAUAGGCAUAGAAUUAAUUUUUGAAGUUUAAAUUUUAAGUUAUAUUUACUGGUUUUCAAAAUUCUAUUAAAAGUUUAAUAUUUUUUAUUUAAUUUUAUAUUGUUUCAGAUGCGAUCCACGCCCUAGCAUGUGCUCUUCUCUUACUAAACACAGACCUUCACAGUGAUGUAAGUUAACAACCUUUAUUUUAUCAUUCUUUUUUAUAGGUCACGUCGAAGAAGAUGACAACCCGAGAGUUUAUCAACAACUUGUCCCACACUGGUAUUCAAUACGAUCGAGUUUUGUUGAAAACCUUGUACAAUGCCAUCAAAUCCACACCGUUCCAAAACAAUGAACAGUCAACACCAAAGAAGAAGCCGGCUAGAGUCAAUUCGAUCGCUCAACGUAACAUACGGCAAGUACAAGAUGCUGUUGACUACUGUCAUGGAUGGGUGAUGAAGAAGGAAGUCUAUGAUAGGGAUGGGAAGAAGAGUAAGUUAUUGUGGUUUUUAUUGUUUUAAGGGUUAUUUAUGUUUAAUUUUUGCUUUAAAAUUUAAUUUUAGGCAUUGAAAAUUAGAAAUAUUACUAUAAAAUGUAUAAUAUACUAAUUUUAACUUUUUCAGCACCGUUCGGCCGAAGACGCUGGCAAAUGCACUUUGCGACAGUCCGGGGCCUGGUCCUUUUCCUCCACAAAAAUGAAAAAGGCUUCGAAGGUUCCAAGUUCGACGCUUUUAACAACUGCAUCCGACUACAUCACUCUCUGGCCGAGAAAUGUCACGAUUACAAAAAGAAACAGCACGUGUUCCGAUUAAUCACAGCCAAAUUGGGCGAAUACCUGAUUCAGACCAGUAGCCCAGAUGAAAUGCAAAGAUGGAUCAACGCCAUCAACUUUGUCGCGGCUUCUCUCUCAACCCCAGUACUACCUGAACCAGUUUCCAACAAAAUGGAUUUUAAUUUUGGCACAAAGCCACUGCCAGAUGGAAUCAGCACUCUAACUGUGGUAGGUUUGGUUUUGUUUCUGGCAUUUAGAAAAUAUUUGGAAGACCAGUUGUCAAUUUAUGGUAAAAUACGUCUUUCAGCAUGAUUAAAAUUUAAAUUUUUUAGUAAUUUUAAAAAUAUGUAAUUUCUUGGUUAAAAAUCAUUGUUUUAGCACGAACAACUUCGGAAACACAAGGAAAAGUUGGAGGAGAUGAACAUGUUGUUAAGCAAGUUGAGAGAAACAGCUCCAUCUAUGAAAGCCAAAGGAAAAGUGGUGUACGAUUACUUUUACAGAGAACGAUUCCUGGACAAUGAGGUAAGAAUUUCUUUUUUUUGUAAUCAGAAUACUAUUUUUUAAUACGACAAGCAGUCUUUCAAGCUUAACAUAUUUUCAAAUUGAAAAUAUUUUUUAGAAUAAAAUGAAUUGUUUAGAGAAAACGCUACGCCGUUUACGUAGACGUCCUAGAAGACAAAUGCGCCACAAUCUCCCCGAAUGGCAGCGAUUCGAUCGUGAAAAAGGUUUCAAACGGAACGACACGAACUCACACCGUAUCCACUGUGCGUGCCGACGUCGACAGCAACAAGAACGCAUCACGACAGUCGAGUAUCAACCACAAACUGAUGCCGUCGUUCCGCGACGGAAUCCCCUCUAACCAGACGAUGGAACGAUCGGAUUCUACAGAAAUGGAGAGUCCCAUAAGCAGUAGAGCUCCAGUCAGCGCGCUGGCGGAGGCCUACGCCAUGGCGAACGGAAAACCCUUGACGAUGGAAGCCCAACGUCAGAUGGACUCCAUUAAACGCCAUACCACGAAGGGAGGGGCCGAGCCCGCCCUCUGUGACCCCAGAGACCUGGAAGACUUGGUCCGCCUAUCGAACGACCAGUUGGUCCGUGAAUAA